AUGGUCCUCUCCGAUUCUGAACCAGAUUUCGACGAUGUCGAAGCGAUUGGUAUGCCGCCUUCCCAGGAGCUUGCUGGGAAGGCUCUAGCAUCUAAGCGAAGUCGUGACCGAACAACGAACUCUACAACACGAGUAACGAAGCCGUCCCAAAGAUCAACGCGGAGUGUCAAGAGCGGCACGAGUCAUUUAGUACUACCGGCGGUGGCGAGGCAAAUAUUAAUGGAGAAGAGCAAAAGCAAUACUAUUCUACAAGCUGGAGCCGACGGAAAAGAUAUGGACGAACCAGACAAGGUCGCCUUGGGAAAAGCAUAUCCAAAUCUUUCUUCAUCUCAUGAACAGGGGCGACUAGCCGGCUUGUCGCGGAACACAGGAUCUUCGGGCACAUUAUACACUCAGAAUAUUGACAGGGAGCAUGAAUCAACGUUUGUGAGUGGUGAUGAGGAGCCGAAAUGUGUGGAGAAGCUAGGACAGCAAGAGACAAAGCCUGCAAUCGACGCAGAGGAGCAAUGCCCAGCGGAUUAUACCAAUAAUAUGGACGAGGUUGCAACUCGGAGGCGAUUAGGAGAAUUGACAAAGAAGUACGACUCGCUAAAGGCACGACACAACGAUCUGCGCGAAGUGGGAAUGAUUGCCGCAGAACGCAAUUUUGAAAGGCUGAAAAAGCAGUCAGAGGAAAAUACGGCAGGCGCAUUAAAGCCUGGGGCCAUGGGCCACAAAUCAGCCCCAUCGGAAGUUGUUCUAGCGGCACAAGCAAAGGAAGACCUCUAUGGCGACUUAACAGGUCUUAUUGUCCGAGGGAUGAAACGCGGUGAUGGUGGAAGCGUUUUUGACUGCAUUCAAACUGGGAGAAACGGGACUCUGCACUUCAAGCUUUCCCUGGAUGCUGGAGAUGCUUCCGAUAGUUACGACGACGUCCAAUUUACGUACCGCCCUCAGCUUGAUACAGACCGCGAUGGUGAUUUGAUUCGGAUGCUACCGGACUACUUGGUCGAAGAAAUCACCUUCCCACGGACUCAAGCAUCCAAAUUUUACAGCAGAGUGAUUAAGUCACUUACUGAGCGACUGAAUUAA